AAAUACCACGACACCCGCUCUCCAAAACUAAAUCAUUCAUCAAACACAAACAACUACAACAUGGCACCAUCAACGACAAAGGCAUGGACGGUCCAGGGCCAGAACGGCUUCGACUCUCUCACAUUCAAUGAGCAGGCCAAGGUGCCUGAGAUUGGAGACAAGGAUGUUCUUGUAAAGGUCCACGCUGCGUCGCUAAACUACCGCGACCUUAUCAUCCCCAUGGGCAAAUACCCCUUCCCAAUGAAGGACAACACUGUACCCGGUUCAGACGGUGCUGGUACCGUAGAAUCGGUCGGCAAGCAUGUCACACGCUUCAAGCCUGGAGACAAGGUGGUCACACUCUUCAACCAGGGCCACAUUGCCGGCUCCCUGGAUGGAAAAUCUCUUGGCACAGGCCUUGGAGGCGCCAUUGAUGGCACUCUCAGAGAAUACGGUGUUUUCGAUGAGGCUGGCCUCGUCCAAGCCCCGUCCAACCUGAACAUGCUCGAAGCCUCAACUCUCUCCUGCGCCGCCCUAACAGCCUGGAAUGCUCUUUACGGCCUGGAGUCGCGCGCUCUCAAGCCCGGUGACACAGUCCUUACACAAGGUACCGGCGGUGUAUCCAUUUUCGCUCUACAAUUCGCAAAGGCAGCCGGCGCCAAGGUGAUUGCUACCACGAGUUCCGCAGAGAAAGCCAAGAUCCUGAAGAAAUACGGUGCCGACCACGUCAUCAACUACAAGGAGACCCCCAACUGGGGUGAAGAAGCUGCAAAGUACACACCCAACGGCGCAGGCGUACAGCACGUUGUCGAAGUCGGUGGCCCGACCACAAUGGCGCAAUCUCUCAAGGCUGUCGCUAUUGAUGGAGUCAUCACCAUUAUUGGUUUCAUUGGUGGCGGCGGAAAGGAGCAGCCUACAUUCCUCGACUGCUUGAGCAACAUCUGCACUGUACGUGGUAUCUUGGUGGGUUCCAGACUACAGAUGGAAGAUAUGUGCAGGGCGAUUGAGGCCAACGACAUACAUCCCGUUGUCGAUGAGAAGGUGUUCGAGCUCAAGGAUCUCAAAGAGGCAUACCAAUACAUGUGGGAUCAGAAGCACUUUGGCAAGCUUACCGUCAAGGUCGCUGCUUAGAGCUUGGAAU